AUGACGUCCCCACAUUCCUUGAAUUUCUCUUUUACUUCUCCACCUAGUAUUAAACGUAAUUCACUUAGUCAACUGCCACUUCCUUCCGGCAUGAGCACCCCUUCAUCUGCUAAUUCUCAGCCAGUCACACCCAAUCCAAGUAUCAUUCCUGCUUCAGCUGUGAAGCUGAGGAGUCCAGGCUCUCCACUAUCUUCUACAUUUCCUGUUUCCACAUUUACCUCUCCGCAAACACAUCCGAUGCACACGGGUUCGACACAUGCAGGUGGCGUCCAACCCUCUGCGUCGUUUUUCCAUCCAUCAAGACCCCAUUACUCUCCACCAGACUCGCCUUCGUCUUCACAUAUGCAUGCACGCGAAGAUAAAGACGUAUUUCAGCUUUCCGAACUCAAACGCCUUUCGGACAGUACCGCAGAUCACUCGGAUUUUGUUGGCGGAGAUACUAGUGACUUGUCGAUGCAAGAACAGCAGAUAAUGAAGGGAGUGAAGCAGAGUCGAGAACCACUUUUGCCUUUUGGAGAGGGUCCUCCAGUGGAUAUUAGGACGUCAAUGGCCAAAGACCGUUCAGACACUAAUUAUACUGUCAAACCUCAGCUUCCGCAUUCGAGGAUCGGUCUACGAACAAGUUUAGACCUUGUUUUCAACCUUCGCAGAGGCUUGUCUAUCGAUUCGCACAAAUCUACUUCCACGCCCAGUCCCGCUGCUCAGUCACAUCGUCGACAAGUGCAUUCCGUCUCUUCUGAAGGGGGCUUUGGCUCAAUAGGUGACAAGAGAAAGCUGCAUGAUGAAGAGAGGGGUUAUCCUACUACACACUUCGCUUCUCUCAGACGGCAACAUUCUAUCGCCUCCUCACACGACCCUUCUUCUUUUGCAACCACAUCCAAAUUUCCUCAGUCGGCUCCCAUACCGACAGGGUAUAAGCCUACUGGUUCAAAGAAUGGUCAAUCCUCGGAUGAAAAGACCCAGUUUCUCUUUGCUGUGCCUAUGUACACCCCUCAUGGCAAAAUCAUACGUAAAUGGCAACUACAUCCUUCACGGAAUAAAUUUUUUUUGAACGGACGUAUGCUUACCGGUGGUGAUUCGCCAUGGGCGUUUAUUGCCUCCUUCAGUGUGCUGUGUGCUAUCGCUGGCAUAUGGUUUGGUACGACGUGUCGGUGGUGGUGGUUACAGGAAGGAGCAGGGGGAAAAGUUUUGGUCUGUGUCGCAGGAUAUUUGACCUUGAUAGUGAUUACAAGUAUGCUGAAAACUGCUUUCACAGACCCUGGUAUAUUACCUCGGAAUCUUGAUCCUGAUCCUCCCUAUCCAUCGACUUCACCCUCAGACGGUGGUGUCCGGGCCCCUAUGCCUAGGGAUUUGAAAGUGAGGGCAGAUAUUGUUCGCGUCAAAUACUGCCCAACAUGUAAGAUCUACCGACCUCCACGUUCAAGUCAUUGCAAGAUGUGCGACAACUGUGUCGAUGGUUGUGACCAUCAUUGCCAGUGGGUCAAUAACUGCAUUGGUCGGCGGAAUUACACAACAUUCUUCGUCCUGCUCCUAACAGCGACACUGACUCUUUUUCUCGUCAUUGCCACAUCCGUCGCUCACCUGUAUUUUUUGACGAAACGAGGUAUCCCGGGGACACCCGGUCCGAUUAGUUUCGAGCAGGCUAUAGCAUCGACGCUUGGAGCUGGAAGUGCGGCUGUGUUUUGUCUAAGCGCAGUAGUCAUUUGGCCGGUAGCAGCUUUGCUGAGCUAUCAUAUCAGGCUAUUACUCUUGAAUAUAUCUACCAUUGAACAGAUUCGUAACCAAGCUCACAAGACGCUCGUACCGGGGCCCGCUCCACCAAAUCCUUUCUCGCAUGGCUCCUGGCGGCGGAACAUCCUGGCGGUGUUGUGUCGACCUCCAGGCUAUUCAUGGUUGGAUCCUAGUGCUAUCGCUACAGAAGACAGAAGAGAAAUCAAUCCUGGGUAUACCGCGGCGGUGACGACUGAACGCUGA